AGUGCGCUGUUGUCCGUCUUGAGGCAGAGCAGCACAAGUACCGCUCACACUGAGGAGACCUGCGGCUCCGGGACUUGUUCGUGUCCGUGGUGGGGGGCGGGGGGGGGUUCAUUUAACUGCUCCUCCACCUGCACCGGUAUGACAACUGCGCAUACAGUUUUGGGUGUGACAACAAUCUCGCGCAUGCAUGUGUGAGUGCUUCAGAUUUGGUCUUUUUUUUAUCCAGGCUGAGUGGAGACGCGGAUGACUUGACUUUUUUUAUUGUAUCGCCACCACUCCUGCUGAUGUGUUCUGGACGUUUCAUUAGUGGUUUGUCUGUCCAGACCAGAUGUUCUGGACACACACACUCACACACACACGCCGCUGCGGAUGUCCAGUGAUUUCUUUACUGAUGUAGUGCUGCUCAGGGGGCUGAAGUUGAAGUCCUGCUCUUGAAGGCGUUGCGCUCCAAAUGCAUUCGCUCCUGGCCCGGGAGAAGAAAGAAGAAGAAGCCGGGUUCGGGAUCGAUCUGGGUCUGUCUCCGGGCUUUCUGCCCCAAGCUGCCACCAUGUUCAGCUGCGUGGGCUGCUUCUGGGUGCUCCUCUCCUCCGCUCUGGUCGCCGUGUGCAGUUUCAGCUUCAUAUCCCCUGCCUGGAUUGUUAAGGACCAGCUGAGGAACAACAACAACAACCACCAACACAACCAGCACCACCAGCACCACCACAACAACAAGGACUCCGUGAGCUUCGGCUUGCUGUGGCACUGCUCGGAGUCUCUGGAUCACAUGUACCGCUGCUACACCUUCGGGGGACUGGGCAAAUUCGCAGAGAUCCCCUCCAGCUCCUGGCAGACCAGCGCGGUGCUCUGCUCGGGAGGCUGCGCCCUGCUGGCCGUCAGCUCCCUGUUGGCCAUCAUCACCAUCUUCCUGCCCAGCGGAGGAUGUGAGAGGAGGAUCUGCACCCUGGCUGGAUACAUGCAGAUGGCUGCAGUGUUCAUCAUGGCUGCUGGACUGCUGGUCUACCCCUUCGGCCUCAACUCCUCACUGGUGCGGUCCUUCUGCGGGGACUCUGACAUCUACUACGCCGGCGAGUGCCAGAUCGGAUGGGGCUACAUGCUGGCUAUCGUCGGAGUCAUGCUCACCGUCUUCUUGCCCUUUUUUGCCAAAUAUGCACCGAAGGAGCAGCUGUCCCCCACCCCUCUGCCCACGCUGUUAUAGUGCAUUGAUAAGACGUCUUGUUCCCCCCCCCCCCUCCUGACCGACCUGGGCUUGAUGUCACGGAGAGACACCUGCAUCCCGUUUUUUAAAGGUGAUGCUGUUUGGGACUCGGCCCGAGGCUGACGCUCAACAACAAACACUGUCUUCCUGCAUCUGUUAUGUGGCUAUUCCAGAUUCAGUUCAUUUAGAUGGAAUGUUUUAUGUUAAGAUUUUACUCCGUGGUUAUGAUUUCUAUCACCAGUUUGACUUCAAGUCAGUUAUGGAGAAGAUGCAGUCGGAAGAUGCGAGGAGCUCAUUUUAAAUGACUACAAAUAUAUUAACAAGUGUUUUUUUUUUUUCCUUCCUUUCUUUUGUGGGAAACAAGUCAACAUGUGUAACAUUCCAAAAGAGACUCGAGGUUGGCUGCGUAAAGAGAGUGGAAGCAUGAGAUGAUGUGGCAGUAUGACUCGUCCAAUUAAACGUUUCAAUAAGAGGAGACUGAGAAUACGAAGAGGUCGGCUCUGGAGGAGCUGUCUCUACUGAUGGGGUGUUGUGCUUUGGACUGUGCUGUCUGGAUUAAACAGAGCUGAUGUUUGAGGUUUCAAAAUGCCAUUUUGAAAAGAGAAAUCUGAUGCUUUGAAAGCUUUUUGCUCCUCAGACUUUUUUUUCUGCCGUCCAGUCUUGUGACCAGGCAUUGAACCAGCGGGAGACAAGAAGACGCUUCAGCUUUCAAGGAUAGUGCAUUUAGUAAGAAGAGGACAAUAGACACAUCAGACCUGCUGAGAGGACCAAUAGAAAUCUCUUCUCAUGACGAGGACGUGAAUCGUACUAAUUAGUGGUGGUUUCAGAGCAGUGUUAACAAAAAAAAUGUUGGGAUACUGCAUCCUUUUGUUCACCUUUUCCCCAGAACUGUUUGUGUAGUGUAACCCGCUUGUUCAUCAUGAAACAAUUGUUUUCUGUCUACAACACACAAUACUAAACACUCUGAUUCAGGAAGAAAAAAAAAAAAAAAAGGUUGCAAAAGGCAGGGAGAUGUUGGUGUGACAUGGGCUUUGUUAAUGGUAGAACAAUUGAUCUAGAUUUUAAAUGUGAUCUGACCAACUUGUGCCUUUUAACAUAACCAAGACAAGUGUUUCAUACAAUUAUCAGGUUAUCGUCUUUUUCUGCUGAUAAACUGUGGAUCCUGGGAGGAGUUUAUUUUAUUCUGUUUCCUCAUCUCAGAGGUGACGUCGUUCUCCUGUACCUGAUGCAGUGUGAUCUCAUUAACUUGAGAAAAUGUUCCGGAGGAUAAAAAAUAGAUGAUGUCUUCUAAUCCUCGGAGGUAACGGCAGAGAGAAAAGGAGAAUUAAAAGCAACUUGUGUUCAGUAUUGCCCUAGACAUUUGUUGCCAAUUAUCCAGAAGAGGUAAAUCACUUGGAUUGCUGUAUUAAAAGGUUGUGACACGCAGCGAAGGGAUUAAUUCCCGGCAUCCUCGUCUUACGUGAUUUCAAAAUUGAGUGGUUGAGGAGGGAGCUGUACAAAUUAAACUUCGCCUUUUGGUUAUCUGUGCUGAGCCGACACAUCGUUCACAUUAUGUGUAAAACGUGGUUCUAAAAUAAUUUGCUCCUCAAGUAAGCUAAUAGUGUUGCUGUGUUUGCGUCGAUCCACCUUCUCCUUUUAAGCGCUGGCACCAUUCCUGUCAUGUUCCAAGGACAAAAUGUCUACUUCUCCAUUUACACUGCCAAUUUCAUCAAGCUACACUCCCUGUUCUAGUGGGUGUUCAUGUGCGUGUUAGUGUUGAAUAAUGGGUUGGAUUUAGCUAAUGGGUUAAUCUUUAAGUAUUUCCCAAAUUUGGUUUCCCAAGUCCUGACAUUAAGAAGAGGACUGUGAUUGCAUUGCCAUGUUUGAGAGACAUGUUCUGUAUUGGACCUCAUAGUGUGCUGGACUGUGGGAAUGACUGCACGGGACUUCUUCCCCUAUUUGUUGACCCAUUGAGUGUAAAGUCUCAGCACUGGUGAAACUGUUUUGGUAGAAUAGAAUUAUUGUUUUUUUCCCCCAUUGUGAUGUUUGACUGUAAAUAAACUAACUGUACUUGGUAUCACAUGUUAUUCCUAACUGCCCAGUUUUUCAAAGAUAUAUUUUGAGAUAUUACCUCAUCGUGUUUGCUUUACCUGAAUUAACCUCUGAAACAAUGUUUGCUGUUCUGUGAAUUUUUCUUUGUAAUAAAAAUAUUUCAGAACUUAAAAAAAGAGAGGCUUUACUUUCUGUUCAGGUUUUGCUUAAACAAAACAACUCUUUAUGUAUUUCUUUGGCAAAUGCAAGUGAAAUCAACUGUUAAAGUCCA